CCUUUCAAUAUUGAAUUAUUGGGAUGGAUUAAAACCUAAUAACCAAUAAAUCCUAAUGGAUAAAAAAAAACUUUAAAAAAUGAAUAAAAAGGAAGAUCGAGCAUAUUCUCAUUAGUAUUGAGUUCAGCAUUUCAAAAAAUGCAGGUGAUUCCUCUCGUCUUAGCUACACUUAGCUUGGCUUUCGCUGCACCCAGCGUAGACCAGCGAGAAGAAUACCCCUUUCACCCAACAAUUGGAGGCAGAAUUGUAGGAGGCGUAGUUGCCAACAUCAAGGAUUUGCCAUGGCAAGUAGCUCUUCUCCGUAACGGUGGUCAAAUUUGCGGUGGUAUUCUUAUUGGCCGCAGAGUCGUAUUGACUGCUGCCCACUGCGUUGCCCCAAGUAUUAUAUCUUCAGUUUCUCAACUCAAUAUUCGCUCUGGAUCCAAUCGCCAUAACUCCGGUGGUUUGCGUGUGGCCGUCAGCCAAAUCAUAAUCCACCCUCAAUAUCAAGAUUGCAGGGGCUGUGCUCCUGAUUACGACAUUGCAGUCCUCCAUCUUGCAGCUGACGCUAUUAGUGACGGAGUCCCAGCUGCUGCGAUAGCUAUGCAUGACUCUAACGCCAGAAUACCUGCCGGUACUACUGCUACAACUUCCGGAUGGGGAGCGACAAGUGAAGGUGGCUCAGGAUCAGUCCAACUUAGACGCGUUGAUGUGCCGAUUGUCGCCCAAACAACCUGUCGUAAUGUCUAUGGAAGUAUUAUCUCUACUAGAACAAUCUGCGCUGGGCUUACUGAAGGCGGUAGAGAUUCGUGUCAGGGAGACUCUGGUGGACCAUUGGUGGUUAAUGGUAAAUUAGCUGGAAUUGUAUCAUUCGGAGGUGGUUGUGCACGACCUGGAGUUCCUGGAGUAUAUGCCAGUGUUCCUGGUUACAGGGCUUGGAUAAGAACCAAUGCAGGAAUUUAAAUUUUUAAAAAUGGUUAUAAUAAAUUUUUGAAUGAUAAUA